AUGGGACGCGCUAAAGCCGCUGCAGGCACUAGAGCACGCAUGAGCAAUACCGAGGCACCAACAAACGAUGAUCCUAAUAAACGUCCUAUCACAGGCACUUGGGAUGGCAUGGACACAAAGAUGCUAGUAGACUUAAAGCAUAUCGAUGUGAAGGAGUUCAUUGCCACAUGUCGACUCACUUACACGGAUCCUGAGAACCCGAAACCAAGUCAAGGAAAACUCACAUUCAUUCUUAACAGGAAGCACUACAGCAAGACACUGUUUGAGAUAUGCGACAUCUACAAGACCAUAUCAGUCGCGCAAAGCGAAGAUAUCCAUAUUAGGAGUCCGGUUGUGCGUUAUGUUGCGAAAGUCCUCGGUAGCGUUUUGCACUUCAAGCCAGUGAUUGCAGCUGUGACAGAGACCGAGUUACCACUACUUUUCUACGGAGUCAAACAUCUACUACCCGCGUACUCAGAUCUUCCAGCUCCCGACACUAAUGUAGCUGCAGUUUUGUGUGACACCUUGGUGAAGAUGAAGAAUACUGUUCUACAUCAGCCGGGCAGAGCAUCUUCGCUGUACCUGAUUCGCACUAAUUUCACCAAGCCAGAUAGUCAAUUAUACCAAUUUUUGGGUAGAGACGGGGUUACUUAUUAUUGCAGGAUACCCAACCAGCACAUUACCUCAUUUCUCUCCGCGACGAAUCUAGCGUUCGAACCGGACGCGCAGUACCUUGUUCGUAACCCUUCCGGAGCUGUCACUAGACGACGCCAGACUGCAGCGGCCCAGCCUACAGCUGACCAUGUUGUCGGUAAUGAUGACGAUCAUGAGGAUUAUGCUGAUCAGGCACCUUCCACGCACGCCCAGCCAUACUUGCUGCUACCUGAGGAUCCAGCACCAUACCUUGUUUCAUCACCACCAGCGGGUGACGAUAUCUCCCAGCAGAUGGCAUGGAUGAUCGAAUCGACAAGGAAGAACAACAGUAUGAUGCACAGGAUGUGUAGAGCCAUUUUAAAGAUCAGGCCUUGUGUUUGCACUCGCGGAGGAGGAGUGGAUGAUGGAGACCGUGAACACCGGUCCAAGGCUACUGAGGAUCGACAUGCUGAGAGGUUGGUCCCUGCUGCUGGAGCGUCCACCUCGCAGACACCACCAGAGCAGUCCCUAGGCCAUCGGUUAGGCAGGAGCAGGAGGCAGCCAGGAGAGCAGAGCUCUAGCGAGAGCCCCACCCACCACCGUUGA